AUGGUAGAGAAUCGUGACACAAUUACGAUCUCGCUUGGAGACAACUACCUCUGUUGGCAAUUUUUCUCGUUAGAUAUUGAUGUUGAUUAUAUGUCACAAGUUCCAUAUUCUAAUGCGGUUGGUUUCCUUAUAUAUGUCAUGGUUUGUUCAUGCCCUGAUUUAGCAUAUGCGUUUGGGACAACUACAGAUAGAGUUGUCAGUUACGUGGAUUCUGAUUUUGCUGGAGACCUUGAUAACAGAAGAUCUCUCAUUGGUUAUAUUUUCAGUAUUGGUGAUUGUGCUAUUACCUGGAAGGCGACGUUGCAGGCUACCGUUGCAUUGUCAAUUACAGAGGCUGAAUACAUGACCAUUACGAAAGCUUGUAAAGAAGCAAUUUGGUUGAAGGGCCUAUUUGGUGAACUUAGUGAAGACUUACAGAUUACUACAAUCUAUUUUUCUCACGAAGGAUCAGAUGUUUCAUGA